AUGGAGUGUCAACAUAUGCACUUCCAAAAGAAGCAGCUAGCAAAAGGCAUGAAUUAUGUGCUCGAAUUGAUUGCACGCCGAUUUAAUGUGAACCCUAUGAAAUUAUGUGACAUGGAUGGUCGUAAAAUUACGGAGCCGUCUCAGUUGAUGUCGAGAGGUGCUUACGUCCUAGUGGCUGCAGGGCAGUCGUUCCGUGACACUUGGUAUUUCCUGCCUGACAACGCCAUUGAUACCAGGUAA